AUGAAAGGUGCCGGAUCCACUGAGUCUAAGCAACCGUGGGACGAUACCAAUGACGCUUUGUACCUUCAACAUCUAAAAAAUCAGGUGAGUGAUGAAGACGAUACAAAAGAAAAAGUAGAGCGGAAAGUUGCUUGCGCAGACAAAGUUCCUAUGUUUGAGGACAACGAGCUCAAAGGUGUACUUAAAAAUAAGACUAAAAGGUCCGCGGGUGGGUGUGAUCAGAUCACAUAUGAAAUGCUUCGAUCCUUGCCGGAAACAGCGACAAAAAAUUUACUAACUGCACUAAAUGAUGCCUUCGCCAAGUGUGAAAUUAAUGACUCUUGGCGUAAGGUAAGAAUCGUCCCAAUCCCUAAGGCAAACAAAGACCUAAGUGACUAUAAGAAUUUCCGUCCAAUUCCACUUAUAUCGGUGCUAGUUAAGUCUAUAAACCUCAUGAUUAAAGGCAGACUGGAAGGCUUUUUAAACGACAAAAAUAUUUAUCCAGAGAGAUCGUAUGCGUAUAGGAAAGGAAAGUCUGCGGCAAUGUGUAUCAAUGAUUUUCUACAUAAAGUUGCCAGCUUAAAACAUGCAGGCAAAAAGGCAUUAGUUCUGACGCUUGACAUAAGCAAUGCCUACAACUGUGUUACCCUAGGUAAGCUUCAAAGCCUGCUAGGGAACUUUGAAAUACCAGAUACGUAUAUAAAAUGGAUUAUUGAUUUCUUUGGCAAAAGAAUUCUGCACCUGGGCAAGGAGUCCAUAAUAAUAGAAGAUGGCCUGCCACAGGGCAGCUGUCUAUCGCCGCUACUCUUUAAUUUAUAUACAAAAGAACUACACAGUAUUGGGGACUCAGGGACAGACAUCUAUCAGUUUGCAGAUGACUUUCUGAUCCUAUCGCACGGAAGCAAUUGUGACAUGGUGAGACAAAACCUUGAGCAGAAGGCCAAACAAUUUUAUGAUAUUUGUACCAAACUAAAUUUGUCGUUCAACAUACAAAAAACUAAGCUAAUGUGCAUCGCUAAAAGUAAUAGGCAAGAUGUACAAAUCAAAAUAAAUGAAAUCCCUAUUGAACAAUUUCAGAUACCGGACAACUCAAGAUUCUUGGUCGGCCAGUAUGUAACUAUUCAUGAUGACGUCAUAAGUCAUGUGAACAUAUCAAAUGUAAAGGAGGAGGAUGGUGGCGAGUACGCCUGCACAGCACGAAAUGCAAUCGGAAAGGUGUCGCAUAGUGCCAAAGUGAAUAUCUACGGGCUUCCAUUUAUUCGAGAAAUGCCGAAAAUAACUGGUAUAUCGGGCUCCGACUUAGUUGUGAAAUGUCCAGUUGCUGGCUACCCCAUCGAUAAAAUUCACUGGGAGCGUGAUGGCCAAACGCUGCCAAUUAAUCGCAGACAGCGUGCCUACAACAAUGGUACUCUCAUUAUAGAGCAACUUCAGCGACUAGAGGACGCGGGCACUUACACUUGCAUGGCACAAAACAAACAGAAACAAACGUCGCGACGCAAUGUGGAGAUCCAAGUACUAGUACCCCCUAAAAUUAUGCCUAUCCAAGCAAUGACCAAUAUGUUGCGCGAGGGCAUGCGUGCUGCCAUUUCGUGCCAAAUUCUGGAAGGGGAUUUACCAGUGAGUUUUCGCUGGGAACGUAAUGACAAACCAUUAAUCGGAACUGGCAACGAGGUCUUUCGACGAUUGGAUGAAUAUUCUGCAAGCUUGGUCAUUGAACACAUCACUUCCGAACAUUCAGGCAACUAUUCUUGUAUUGCGAGUAACGUCGCCGGGAUGGAGCGUUUCACAGUACCAUUGACAGUAAAUGUUCCUCCCAAAUGGGUACUAGAACCAAAAGAUUCUAGUGCCCAAGCCGGUCAAGAUGUUUGGCUGCAUUGCCAGUCUUCUGGAUAUCCGAAGCCUGCAAUUACAUGGAAAAAAGCUAUUGGACCAACUCCAGGGGAAUACAAAGACUUUUUGUAUGAGCCGACCGUGCAGCUCUUUCCAAAUGGUACAAUAUUCUUUAAGAAAAUCAGCAAGGAGUCGCAGGGCCAUUUUCUUUGCGAGUCAAAAAACAACAUCGGUUCAGGUGUAAGCAAAGUCAUCUUCCUCAAAGUGAACGAGCAAAUAUCAGUUGCAAAAGGAAAGCAGGUGCAUGUGCAAUGCAACGUCCAAGGCGACAAUCCCAUCGAUAUAAAAUGGAAAAUACAAGCGACGCAACAAUAUUUGGAUGAAUCACUUGAUUCCAGGUACACGAUUCGUGAUCAGGUGCUGGACGAUGGUAUGGUGUCGGAAUUGGGAAUUUCCCAUACUUACCGCCAGGAUACCGGGAUUUAUAUCUGCCAGGCCAGCAACGCUUUCGGACAGGAUGAGAUGUCGAUUCAAUUGAUUGUACAGGAAGUUCCAGAGCAACCAAAAAACCUUCGAAUUAAUUCACAACAGUCGCGCAGCCUUCAGCUUACCUGGAGUCAGCCGUUCGCUGGUAAUAGCCCAAUCGAUGGAUAUCACAUUUACUAUAAACAAAUCUCAGAUAUUUGGCAAAAUGCCGAGCAUAUAACCAUCACCGGUGGUCAAACAGUUGUCAACAUACAAAGCCUGCGUCCUGCGAAAGCUUAUCAUAUUCGGAUGUCUGCGGAAAAUAAAUUGGGCGCCUCUGAGUAUUCAGAGGUUGUUCAAGUAACCACUCUAGAGGAAGUGCCAUCUGGGCCACCGUUGAAUGUGCGUGCAGAAGCGAGAAGCUCCACCGAGAUAUCUGUCACAUGGGAUGCACCAGAUCGGGACUAUUGGAAUGGAAUACUGCUAGGAUACUAUGUUGGAUAUCAAAUGUCACUAUCGCCUGAAGACAAAGAAGUGAAUCCCACACAAGGGUUUAGCUUCAAAACUGUCGAAGUGCGGUCACAUUUUGGUGGAGAAACGGUACUAAGUAACUUAAACAAAUUUACACAAUAUCACAUAAUUGUGCAGGCGUACACAAGUCAAGGCAGCGGACCACCGAGCAGAGAGAUAGCAGUGCAAACCAUGGAAGAUGUACCUUCUUCACCUCCAGAGAGUCCACAAUGUGACGUGCUGGGCUCCACAUCAAUUUAUAUAACAUGGUCACCUCCAGAUGUAGACGGACAGAAUGGCAAAAUCAAGGGUUACAAAGUAUUUUACAUAUCUGUUAAUGAAUUAUACG